AUGCAGCACCCCCAGCCAACGUGCGAGGGCGGCCCCGAGGGGCGCAUCAUCGUCCUCCUCUCGAACGACGUCGGGGCCGAGAUCGAGUAA